UAUAUUAGCAUUUUUUUUCAACACCGGUAUUAGUGCUUAUAUUAUACAUUGAUAUAUCACUGUCCAUAAAAAAUAGUUUUUUACAACAUUUAGCAAGUGUCCAACAACAAAAUGUCGUCCAACCGUACCGUUUCGUACAUACCCGACCACAAACACUUGUCCGCCGGCGGUGUACUCGUCGACGAACUCAACGAUCGGGUGCUGAUCCUAUGGGAACCGACACUACAGGAAUAUCUGCUACCUAAAGGCCAUAAAGAUCCGGAUGAAAGCAUAGAAGAAACGGCUGUCCGGGAGGUCUACGAGGAAACUGGUUAUCGCAAUGAAUUGGUGGCCACAUCGGCAACCAAUUGUAGCAAACAACUGUUGGCCGUACAGAUUAGGCCUACCAGCAGUGUCGGCAAUCCGGGUAUUAAAGUAAUCUAUUGGUUUUAUAGCCGAUUGGCCGACAGUCGGCAGGACAGCCAUACACAGGAAAGCUAUGAAAACUUUGUUAGCGAAUGGCAUACUGUCGAUGAAGCUGUCAAACGGUUGUCCUAUGAAGAGGACCGACAGCUAGUAUGGAAAGCGUGGUGUUUGUCGCCGGCGGGUGUCUCGGCAGCUGCUGGUGGUGUUGUUGUUAGACAGACACCCGUCACCAUCAACAACAACAACAAUAUGUAUGAUGUGGUCAGGGAUGCGUCUGAUGGUACGACCAGUCGUUUAAUGAUAUUCAACGAUUGUUUACAUCAAAUAAAACAGUCGUUGAUUGUUAUCGAUAGUAAUAUGAAGAAAAUUUUGUUGAAUAAGUCACUGAAAGAUAACAGUUGUGUGAUUUAUGAUGAGUUCCCCGUCUAUACUGAUCCUCAGUUUGAUGGUUUGAUCAAUAAAACGGAUAGUCCAGUCAUUUAUCAAUUGACAGCCAAUAAUAAUAAUAAU